CUGUUGCCUAGCAACACCCCAAACAACCAGGUCUGAAGGGAAGCUAUAAGCUAGUUAGCUCUGUGAGACAGUUUGGAGCUCCACAAACUGCCUGAAAACUGAUACAAGUUUAAGGAAAAUGGACCGAGAACUCACCGAAGAGGAACUGCAAGACCUUUACGCAUGGAUAGACAAAAUCCCCCUCUCCCGACCCAAAAGACACAUCACAAGAGACUUCAGUGACGGAGUGAUGGCUGCAGAGGUUGUGAAACAUUUCUUCCCAAAGCUUGUUGACCUGCACAACUACAUCCCUGCAAGCUCCACACAGCAGAAGGCCAAUAACUGGAGCCUUCUCAACAGGAAGGUGUUUUCCAAGCUGAACUUCACAGUGCCUGAGGAGACUGUGAGGAAGGUUGCACUGAACAGCACAGGAGUGAUAGAGUCCGUACUGAAAGCCCUGAGGGAGAAGAUAGAGAGGAAACUUGAACACACAACAGAGAAUGUAUUGCCCUACAACGGUUUGGAAUACUUUGACCAUGAGAACCAGGAGCAACACCAUACUGAAAUUCAACAGAAUGAAGCUAAACUUCUGGCUCAGCUUACAGGAGAAGAGAGGAAAAGAGACGCAAACCUCAAACUCAAUAACGGUAAACAGCAGCAGACAGUGCAGUUUUACCAAAACAUGGACCCUGCUUUACGACUUAUCCUGCAGGAAAAAGAGAAAGCUGUCCUGGCUUUGCAGGAGACAGUGGGGAUCUUGCAGUUGAAAGUGAAUCGGUUGGAGCACUUGGUUCACCUGAAGGACACAAGGAUUGAAGAUCUGAUGCAGCAUUUGGUAGCAAACAAAGGAAAAGGCAAAGCACACUGAUACAAACAUGUACACACUCCCAGUCCAAACUUCAAUAAACUCUUACUUCAUGAAAAACAUUA